AUGUCGGCUCAGAAGGUUGUAGAGGAUCUGAUCAAGAGCACUACGGUUGCCGUAUUCAGCAAGAGCUACUGCCCUUGUGAGUCGCCCUUCAGGGGAUGUGUGGUGGAAAGGCGGGGCAAAGCGGCAGACGCAUGUUGCGGGAGACGCAUGUUUCUGAGGAGAAGAACACAAAGUUAUGGACCCGUCUCGCAUGUCAUACAGCCCGUAGGACAAGCAAAACCUCGGCACUGCUUCAACAGAUCACCUUUCACGUGCAGCAUACUGACCUCUCUGCAUUGGCAUCUCGCGCAUUUCACAGACUGCUCCCGCGUCAAGUCCGCUCUUCCCUCUCUGGGUGCUCAGUUCAAAGUGCUGGAGCUGGACCAAGAAUCUUCGGGAUCAGAGUACCAAUCCUACCUGGCCGAAAAGACUGGUCAGAGGACCGUUCCCAACGUAUUCGUCAAUGGCAAACAUGUGGGAGGUUGCGAUGACUUCUUCAAGGCUCAGAGCUCGGGAGAGCUGAGCAAAUUGAUCGGUGCUUGA